GAUGGUCACUCGAUUCUUGGCCUUCAAUCACCCAACAACUGAGAUCAACCAACAAAGUGCUGUCUUGGCGAAAUCCAACUUCCAGGGUCCAGCGAUUGAAGCUCGUAGCAUACCGUUCCUACUUAAAGAGCCGAAUCGUCCAGUUUGGCGUGUCGAACUGCUUCACGAACUGUCAGACAACUCAGAACUCAAAUAUUAUUAAUUAAACGCUCUCUUUCGUCUGCACCACUGCAGGUCGACGCAACUGAGCAAGACCUACUAUUAUUCUUCCGCUCAGAAUCCAUCCGAGGCAGAAAUACCUACCUUAAUCCUAGUGUCUAAACCGCAAAGACCAUGUCAGCUCGGCGUCCUUUCUCUCCAACAAUGCGGCUGGCUGCCGCAGUGCAGAAGAACAACCCAGGUGUCUCAGUGGCGAAAGGAACACCUCCCGGUAUCGUUCCGAAGUUGAUCCUCGUUGGCGCAGUGGCGACGGGCAUUGCCGCUUUUGUCCGAACCCAGCUCCGGAAGGAAUCGGAUGCAAUCAACCGCUCCUUCUCACAACAAAAUACACCAGAGACGAUGGCGAGGAGGAAUCGCAACUUCCAUGUCGACACCGAGGGAGAUCCGAAGAAGACCUUGUUCAAUAUUCUGAAUUGGUGAAAGCUUCCUGUUUUGAAUUUUAUGAUAUCCCGUCUUGGUAGUUUAACACCAGAGGUGGCGGUUGGUGGCGUUGGCGGAAUCUUGGGGUAAUUAAUUAUUCAUCUGGAGGUUGUUUGGCAUAAUUAAUUGCCUGUUGUCGCGCGAUCAACGCGAGCCAUCCAUAUCCAUUGAACGGAAAGAAACCGAGGAAUUCUCGGGAAGGCGUUGUGACCGGCACAGACAGAUCCUGAAUUACGGCCUAUUAAUUGGUACCCGCUCCCCUUCCCCUCCCCUUACACUAGUUGUAAUUAGUCAACAGGGUAGGAAUGUGACCGACCUCCCGGAUUCUUGUCACCGUCCUGCAGCCAAGGAUUGCUAUCGCGAU